CGUUUUAAAAAUUGGUCCUUUAUUUCUCUCCGUCGAGCAAUCAUUUGGAUUGGCUUUAAAUAAAUGAUAUCGUUUGACUCUGGUUUUGGAUUGUACGUAUAGUUGGGGACAUAUCUUUCUAUGCUACAGGAGCGGCGGUACGAAGCUGGGAGGAGUUGGUACUGUAUUGUUCUUCAGGUCCGUAGUUAGGAUUCACGGAAAUGACGAUUCGAAACUAUUGUUAUCUACUUACAGAUCCCGUCCAGAAGAGGGCAUGCUUUAGCCAUUACUUUCCAAUGGCAAUUUUUUUAUGUAUUUGUUUUCUUGUUGGGACCCCAUACAUAAUUAAUUACAAGAAAAUUACAUCUGAAUACGGAACAGGCAGGCUGGUGCUUAAGCGUAAUUCUAGUUUAUGUGAGAAUCAUGGUAAGCCAUCAGGGAGUGAAACACUGCCUCAAGGCAUAAUUAGUAGAACAUCAAAUUUAGAAAUGCAGCCAAUGGAGUACUCCCUGAGUUCUUCAAGCAGAAAGGGCAAGGUAGAAGCCUCAAAAAGUUUGCUGGCCAUUGCGGUUGGAAUAAAGCAAAAGAAAAUUGUGAAUGAAAUUGUUAAAAAGUUCUACGCGAGUAACUUUGCUGUGAUGCUUUUUCACUAUGAUGGUGCUGUGGAUGAGUGGAGAGACUUAGAUUGGAGCGAUAGUGUCUUACACGUCUCUGCAAUCAAUCAAACCAAAUGGUGGUUUGCCAAGCGUUUCCUGCAUCCAGACAUAGUUGCUGAGUACAAUUACAUUUUCCUUUGGGAUGAGGAUCUUGGAGUGGAAAAUUUUCAUCCUGAACGGUAUAUAUCAAUUAUUGAAAAAGAAGGGUUGGAAAUAUCACAACCAGCGCUGGAUGCUUCUAAAUCUCAGGUGCACUACCAAAUCACUGCACGCGUGAGGAGAGGAAAAGUGCACAGAAGAACAUACAAAUUCAGCGGUGGUGGGAGGUGUUAUAAGAAUAGUACAGCGCCACCAUGCACAGGGUGGGUUGAAAUGAUGGCUCCUGUUUUUUCUAGAGAGGCCUGGCGAUGUGUUUGGCAUAUGGUCCAGAAUGACUUGAUUCAUGCUUGGGGUCUUGAUACAAAGCUUGGUUAUUGUGCUCAGGGUGAUAGGACUAAAAAUGUUGGAGUGGUGGAUAGUGAGUAUAUAGUUCACAAGGGUAUUCCUUCACUUGGUGGUGACAGUAAGUCAACUACAGAGACAACUAAUCACAACUCUUUAUCAGAUGCUUCUGAUGCAAGUAGUACCGUGCGCUCUGCUUCAAAUGCCAUGAAUGGUAGAUUAGCGAUCAGGAAAAGGUCCUACACGGAAUUGGAGAUGUUCCAACGUAGAUGGAGGAAUGCUGUGGCUGCUGAUCAGUGUUGGGUCGAUCCAUAUCCAUCGAACUCAAUCUCCAAUUCUACAAUUUGAUUCAUUGCAUCGUAAUCUCUGGACUUCCUUUCCAGAUCUGACAGUACACUGUGAAUACAAAGUAUAGUUGUGUACAGACGUGCAAACAGAGGAUAUAGGCCGGAGGUAUUUUUGCAAAGGUGAAGAUUGUGAAUUGAUUUUCAUUUACACGUAACAUAGAAUUCCUUAGAGAUGUAAAUGCAAUUUAUUAAAAAUAUAUAUAUAUAUAAUUUAUAAUUUUCGAUUGUAAUGAUAACUUUUUACAGUGAUACUGCGUA